AGAAAAAUUAUGGGAUCCUCGAAGAAAUCUCAAGUCGGUAAAGGAUUAGACACUGCUGGUGAACAAUGGGUCAUCGCCGAAAUCUCUAUUCGGGCUUCUUUGAAACCGGUGAAAACGAAGCUGAGAAAGCCGGAGAGAGAAACAGAAGCUGAAGACGAAGGGUACUGCAUCACUCCCACAGCGAAAGGAGACAAGGCCUCUGAGAAACUGAAAUGUCCGCCGGCGCCAAGGAAACGCCGACCGGCGUUGAAGUGUCGGAGCAAUGUCGGUAUAGAGUACUUCGUGCCUCCGGAGGAUUUGGAGACGGUGUUUAUCCGACGCGGUUAAUGUAAAACUAUAUGUAUUCUCAAGACUAGAAACUUAGAAUAGAUUCUUUAAUCAGAUUAUUUAUGGGCUUUUAAUUUGUCUUCUAACUCUUCAACAAUUUGCUUGCUCUCAUG